AUGAAGAGAGGUUUCGAUGCCUACGGACCUGCAGGAGGAGCUCCCAAGUUUGCGCGCUCUGGCCCGGUUGUGGCGCUGAAGAUGCUCGUGUCACCGAAAGAAGCAGGCACUUUGAUCGGCAAAGGUGGUAUGACUCAGAAGCAGAUAUCUGACAUCACAGGGUGCAAGCUUCAUCUCAGCGGCAUGAAUGAGCUGUACCCGGGAACUCAGAUGCAAGAGGUUUGUGUGCGAGCCGAGCAUCCUGACGCCGUGGCAAACGGAGUGCUGCAAAUCCUUUCAAAGCUGUCGGAAGAGACCGGCAAAGUCAUGGGUGGGGAGUGGGAGGUUGAAGAUGGCGGAGCACGAGUGCAUUUCAUCGUGCCAACGAGCGCAGCCAGGAACAUCAUCGGAAAAGGUGGGGAGUACAUCAAAGGACUGCGGCAGGCAUCUGGAAUGAAGGUGCACAUCGAAGAAGUGGUACUUGGCAACGGGGACGCAGCAGAGCAGGUCAUAUCUCUGGCUGGUCCCUUGCUGAACAUGCAGACAGCGUUGCCCAUGAUUUUGGAGAAGGUAACAGAGCUUUCCGCACAACCAUGGUUCGGCACUUGGGCCUACAGCUGUCUGGCUGCGGGAGGAGAUGUGCAGGCCAAAGGAAAGGGUGAUGGAGGCAAAGCAAAGGGCAUGGAUGCAGGUUACAAGGGUGGAACUAUGGGCGGCUACAAUGGCCACAAGGGCGGUGGUUGUGCAUAUGGCUACGCCACCGAUGCUUAUCAAAAGGGCAAAGGCAAAAGAGACUCCUUUGAUGGUGGCUUUUCAGGCAAAGGUGGAAGAGAUUACCCUACACAUGGAACUGGAGCUGCAGCCACGCAGGAGAACAUAGACAUGUUAUCGACAGCUGUUUCGGCCAUGCCUCCCAGUCUGGCUAGCGCCGGCGACAGAUCGCAGGUCCUGCAAUUCAAUUGCGCAGCAAGUUACGUCAGCGCGCUAAUCGGCAAGGCUGGUAUGGGCACCAAGCAAAUUGCGAUUACAACAGAUACGAAGAUCAUGAUUCGGGAAAUCGAUGGCAAUCAAGUCGAAAAGACCGUCGUGAUAAAGGGAAACGCGGUCAACGUUGCAUCAGCAUACCUGCACGUUGCCAGCCGACUCUCAAACAUCGCGCAGACCCUCGAAAGUAGAGAGCCUGGUGCAGAUGAUGCCAAUGCCAUCUUGGCCGGCUUGUCAUAA